AUUGUUAUGUUUUCAAAAAAAUAUUUUCAUGUAGAACACAUAUAAGAGCAACCGUUGGUUAAUCACAUGAUAAUAACCCUCAAUAGAAAUUCCUGAUACUAUGCAAGACUCACUAAGCUUUGUCUUCUCGUCAUCUUCCACAUCUUCCUCAGUCUUCUCAUUUUCAACAAGAAAAAAACUCACCAGGAGGAAUAGAGAAAAAAUGGUUCAUGUCAAAGCAGAAGAUUUGAAAAAUACUGACAACAAUUAUAAAUCUCUCCUAGCUGAUUUAGCCCUAGCUCUUAAUCCCGCACCGGUGAAAACAUGCAAAAAUCCCGAAAAAAAAUUCGAUGCACCCUUGAAUUCGCCUUUGCCAUUGAUUAAAAUAUCGCGCGUUCUUAAUGGUAUACCACAAAGUCCUCAUUUCUUUCAACUAAGAGAUUUAUCAGAGUUAGCACGAGAGAGAUUGAUAGCAGCAUGGGAUCAAGCAUUCGAAGAUACAGCAAAGAAAGUUCAUGAUUUGAAGGUUAAAGAUUUUUGGGUUAAUGCAAGAAAGGUUUGGAAGACGAUGGAAGAUUUGCAAGGAAUGGGAUAUAAUGUGAUUCCAAUUAGGAGGAGAUUGGUGGAAAUGACGGAAGUGAUGAGUGAGUUUAAGAGUUCGAAGUUGAAGAUUUUGAAGAUGAAAAGUAAAGCUGAGAAUCAUAGAAUGGAAAAGAGUAGGCUUGAGAGUGUAGUUUUGGGUUUACAAAUGAGGGUUGAAAGAGAGGGAGUGAAGAUGGUGAAGUUGCUUUGUGAAGUUGAUGAAAUUGAAAAAGCAUUGCCUAGUUAUGAUAUUUUGGUAGAAAGUUUAGCCAUGAAAUCAUUUGUUGUUGAUGUUUGAGUAUAUCAAAACUUGUUGAAGGUUUGAGUGGUAACAAUUUUUUUUUGUCUAUCUCGAAUUGAUGCUAUAUUG